UAAAUCAAAACAGAAAGAAAAAAAGGGAAGCAAAUCGGAUUCGCGUGUGUGUGUUGUCUCCCCCUAACAGCGGGCCCUGCUAGCGUUACUGGAAACUCGGGAAGACCGAAACAUCAUUUUCCUGCUCUGGACAUUUAUGACAAUACUGACCACUGGAUUUUUACACCACUGGACCGUGUGCUUUAUCCCUGUGUUUAGGGUAGGGUAGAGAAAAAUACAACUGAACUUUGCUUUUUUUUGUUGGUCAAUAUUAUAUAGAUCUUGAAAAAACAGGCGUGAUUGUAACAAAGUCAACAGAACAGACAAAAAAAAAAAAAAAAACUCUGUCUGAUCAUCUAACUCUAGACUCAGAGAAUAUUUUUUUUAGCAUCAAUGUGAAAGACAAUUCUAAACAGGGAAUGACAUCUGUUGCAUGAAACUAUUUUUGUAUGCUGGAGAUCUGGAUUUAUUUCUUCUGGAACAUUUAUUUUUCAGUGUGUGACCCAGAAAAAAAAAAGGAAAUGGUGUACCAACAUGCAGUUCAAACAAUUGUCUUUCUGUUUGUGUUCUGUGAAGUGUUCGCUCAGGACAAAACUUACAACGUGCCAGAGGAGGAAGCAGAAAGCUCGUUUGUUGGCAACAUCGCUCGUGACCUCCUCCUCGCUGACGUCAUUCCUCCCAACGUGUACAAGACUCUCCAAUACAGCAUCAUGGCGUGGGAAGACGGCGGUCAGUUCCGAGUGGACAAGGACAACAGCGAUCUCUUCACAAAGUUUAGGCUGGACAGAGAGCAGUUGUGCAGGUUCAAAUCCCAGUGCCUCCUAAAUCUCAGGAUCGUAGCCAGGUCAAACUCAGAUAUUCGAAAGUAUUGGAUAGCAGUGAAUCUUCUAGACAUAAACGAUAACUCUCCGGUCUUCGGAUAUUCCAGUGUAAACCUGAGCAUUUCAGAGUCGGUGUCUGUCGGUAUGAAGUAUUCAGUACCUUCAGCUUCUGACGAGGAUCGAGGCGAAGGAAACACCAUCCAGUCCUACAGCAUUGAACCUAAAAGUGACGUCUUUAGUGUUGAGUAUUUGAAAAAACUGGACGGCACAUUCGACGUGAAUCUUGUGGUCACCCAACAGCUGGACAGAGAAAAAGUAGAUAGAUAUAGACUUGUCCUAGUGGCCAAGGAUGGCGGGAAUCCAGCAAAAAGUGGCUCCAUGUCCAUUGACGUUCUAGUGACAGAUGUCAAUGACAAUACUCCAAGGUUUCCGAAGACACAGUAUAAGGUCAAUGUUGGGGAGAAUACUGUCCCUGGUGCGGUCAUCUUGACACUGCAAGCAAGCGAUGAAGACAUUGGGGUCAACGCUGCCAUAACCUACAGAUUGAGCAGAAACCAAGAUAUCGGGGUUACUGAUCUGUUCGCUAUUGAUCCGACCAGUGGCGUUUUGGUUGCCAAGUCAGCUCUUGCCAGCGGGAGUUACACCAUCAUCGUAGAGGCGAUGGACGGCGGUACGCCUCGGAACGUCAACCAGACGGAAGUCCAAGUCACGGUCAUCGACACGGAGAACAACCCUCCGGUCAUCUCCAUCGACCCCCUGAACGGUGACUCCGACGCUGCAUUCAUACUGGAGUCUGCACCCCACGAGUCCAUGGUAGCUUACGUCUCCGUCUCUGACCCUGACUCCAACGACAACGGCGUAGUGACCUGCUAUAGCCAGAGUUCUUUCUUUGACCUCAGGCGCCUUCAGGAAGACGACUACAUGGUCGUUGUGGUCCGGCCCUUAGACCGUGAGGAAACUUCCGCGUACAAGGUGACAAUCUUCUGUGAGGAUGCCGGCACGCCAAAGCUUAACGCCACAAUGACAUUCGACGUGACAGUUGGUGAUGUCAAUGACAACGCCCCUGUCUUUGACAACCCCAACCAAGUCAUCUCCAUCUCUGAGGGAAACUCCGUGAACGAUAUUGCAACACUUCUUUCAGCUACAGACAAGGACACGGGAGACAACGCUAAAAUUUCUUAUUCUCUACUCAACAACACUGGGGAGUAUUUCCGCAUCCCUCCAGGCACUAACGCCCUUGUCUGUGCCAAAGUUCUGGACAGGGAAACCCAGGAUACACAUGUUCUGAAAAUCUUAGCCCUGGACGGCGGUGUCCCAUCACUUUCAGCUACAGCGACGGUCACCGUGUCCGUUAUGGACAUAAAUGAUUUUACUCCCCAGUUUUUCCAGAUGAAUUACAAAUUUUCCAUCUCGGAGGGACUUCCAGCUGGGAGCAUUGUCGGCUCUGUUUCAGCUUACGACAUGGACCUAAACGAAAGCGGUGAAAUCCGGUUUUCAAUUCCAACCAGUUCCAGUGACAGCGAGAAAUUUCACAUCUUCAACAACGGAACCAUCACAACACGGGUACCGCUGGAUAGAGAAGAUGUGGACAUUCUUCGGUUUUCUAUUCGAGCCACUGACCUCGGCCGCCCGCCACUCUCGGCACAAGUGGAUGUACAGGUGAUGGUUGUGGACAUCAACGACAACACUCCGACCUUCACCUUCCCAACUUCUACCAACAACAGCCUGGCCUUGACAUUGCCUGUGGAUGUUUCACGAUCUUUGAUUCGUUUACAGGCAUCUGAUGCAGACGCUGGUCAGAACGGGGAGUUCUUCUUCACCCUCCAGCCUGGAAACGUUUCCAGUAUGUUCCAUGUGAACGCCAUAACUGGCGACCUGUUCGCCACCCGGACUUUCGGUGAGGGCGAUGUGGGCGACUACAAUCUGACCUUCACAGUGACGGACAAGGGAGAUAAGCCUCUCAGUUCAACCAAGUUCCUCAUCAUUCACAUUACGGUGAACCCACAACUGACUCCGGUCCAAAGCUCGGACACCAACGCCAUGAUCGCAGGGGGAUUAGUGUGUGGGACAGUGCUGGUGGCUGUGGUCAUCAUCGUGGCCGUUUGCUAUGUCAGACGCAGAGACAAGGGCAAGCAACUGCGGUAUCUGGAGAAGGGAGCUAACUCUGCACCACGAAUGACAGAGGUUGCCGAUCUUGCCAAUGGUCAAAAGAAGUUCAAUGAUCAAGGUGAAAAUGGUCAAGAUCAAUUGAAAUCCAAAAACUACACAAGUUACCAAACACAGAAAGAAGACAUUGCUACUGACCGCUACAGUCGCCCGAAGCACCCAGGGGUUAGACUGUCGGUGGAUAUGAUGGUCAAAGGCGAUGAGCCGGACAACGUGGACAAAGAGCUCAACAGAGUGACCAGCCUGAGACUCCAACAAGCCUUCCAACACUUGAGUAGCUUCAAGACUCAACUUCUGACACCAGCAGAUACUAUAAGGGCAUACGAGUGGCGUGAGAUUCAGAUACCUAGCCAGCCUGGAGACUUUGGUAGCCUCAGCUCACGUGGUACUAUGUCCACCACACUGACCAACGUCAAUAGUUGUACUGGCGACAGCGGCAUAGCCACAGACGACGACGCCUUGUUUGUUCACAAGGGACAGUACAAGGGGGCCGUGCCCUCGGCUCGAGGCAAACCCCGUCAAGCGCCUCGACGCCUCCCGCAGCAGGCGCCUCGUCAGCACAGUCACCAGCAGGCUCGCAGGACGUCCUCGGAGACCAGCGGAGACUCCAUCCAGCUGUCGUCCACUUCGUCCUCCCUGGUCAGCGCUGGGCCGAGGCUGUCUGUGGACAUGUUCCGGUUUCGACCGGUCAGUGCUCGAAGCACGGACUCUUUUCCAAGUGAAACUGUGGACGAUCAGUGGACAACAACGUCGGGCAGUUAUAGCAUCCACACAGAAGAUCACGUUGGACAAAAAGGAAAUUCCUUGGCCAGUGGCUUUGUACAAGAUGUGUACGUCUGAGCGUAGUGUCUACAAUAGAACACAUAUCUCUCUUCACUGAACAAAUAGUGUACUACUAUCUGGUCUAUCACUAUGUGAUUAAAUACUACUGGAAACAUUACUAGGUAAAUGUUGACCACUAGGCAGCUACCGUGUAUAAUGAAAACUUCCC